CCAUUCAGCCUUGAAGUACCGGUGUAUCCAGUCCCUUACCUGACGAAAGCAUGGCCGCGCCAUUCGGAGGAGGCUUCUCCUUCGGGGCGGCGGGCUCUGCUCCUGCUUUUGGCGCGCCUGCUGCGAGCACCCCGGCUUUUGGCGCUCCAGCUGCUGCCCCAGCCUUUGGUGCGGCGCCCGCUGCGUCCACACCCGCAUUCAGCUUUGGGGGCGGUGCGGCACCCGCAUUCGGUGCGCCUGCCGCGGCACCUGCGGCGGCCGCAGCGCCGGCCUUUGGGGCGCCAGCGGCAGCGGCCCCUGCGCCUGCCUUUGGCACUCCUGCUGCUGCGCCCGCAGCGUCUUCGGCACCGGCCUUCGGUGCGCCAGCGGCAGCGGCGGCCCCUGCGUUUGGGGCCCCUGCGGGCGGGCUGAGCUUUGGGGCGCCUGCUGCUGCGUCCACCGGCGCGUCUUUGUUCGGUGCUGCUGCUGCGCCCGCGGCACCCGCGGCCGCCGCCUCCGCGCCUGCUGCUGGUGGCUUUGCGUUUGGCAGCGCCGCACCCGCCGCGGCGCCCGCCGCCGGGGGCGGCCUCUUCGGCGCGCCCGCGGCACCUGCGGCCGCUGCCUCCGCGCCUGCAGCCGGUGGCUUCUCCUUCGGAGGCGCGCCAGCGGCCGGCAGCACCCCUGCCGCAGGCGGCGGCCUGUUUGGCGCGAUGGCGACGCCGGCUCCUGGCGCCGCUGCCAGCGCGGCAGCGCCCGCCGCUGGUGGUCUCUUCGGCGCUGCCAGCGCCGCGGCCCCAGCCGCAGGCGGUGGCCUGUUCGGCAGCACCACCACCACUGCCCCAGCGGCCGCCGCGUCUGCACCCGCGGCCGGCGGCUUCGCAUUCGGCGGCGCUGCCUCUGCCGCGCCAGCGGCAGCCGCCGCGCCGGCGGCUUCUUCAGGGUUCAGCUUUGGCGGCGGCGCCACCGGCGGCGCCAGCACGGGUGGCUCGCUGUUCGGCGCCGCCAGUACCGGCGCCACCGCUGCCACUGGCAGCACGGCGGCGCCAUUCGGGGCCGCGCCUGCAGCGGGUGGCCUCAGCUUCGGUGCCGCGGCGCCGGCGGCUGCAAGCUCUGCGGCGAGCUCAGCCGCCGCCUCCACUGCCCCCAGUAUGUUCGGGUCAUUGACGACAGCGGCGGCGCCCGCGGCGGCCGGCACCGCGGCGGCCACUGGUGCUGCAGGGACGACAGGUGCCGCCGGCACCACGGCGAGCACUGGCGCGGGCUUCUCCUUCGGCUCCGCCGCACCCGCCGCCGCCGCGGGGGCCAGCGCGCCGGCAGCUGGUGCCGCCGCCAGUGCUCCCGCCACCGGCACUACCUUUGCCUUUCCCUCAGCGGCGGGUGCCGGUACCGCCGCGGCAUCUGCGGCCGGCACUGCUCCCGCCGCCGCCGCGGGCGCCCUUGUGCCAGCGGCCGCCGCUGCGCCCGCCGCGCCCACGCAACCUCAGAUGCCUGUGUCGCUUAAGGGCAAGAACAUCGAGGAGAUCAUCAACGAGUGGAACGGCGAGCUGGAGGAGCAGGUGGCGGCUUUCAACAAGCACGCAGCCGCUCUGGCCGCCUGGGACCGCACCAUCCUGCACAACCGCUCCUGCCUGCUGGGCGUGGAGGAGGAGCUGGGCGUGGUGGCUGCGGGCCAGGAGGCUCUGGACCGCAAGUUGGCCAUGCUGGAGACACACCACAAGGAGGUCCACGACGCGCUGGCCUCCAUCGAGGGCGAGGCGGAGCGCAUGUGUCUGGCGGAGCGCCAGCUGCUGGACGGGGACGCGGUGGAGCGGGACAGGCUGUACGCGCGCGCGGAGGCUUUGUCCACGGCGCUGGUGCGGCUGGGCGAGGAGCUGGGCGGUGUGGUGGGCGACGUCAACGAGCUGAGCGGCGCGGCGCUGGGCGACCCCGCCACGCCGCUGGGGGCCGUGGUGCGCAUCCUCAACAACCAGCUGCUGGCUCUGGGCCAGGUGGAGGCGCGUGUGAGCGGGCUGGAGGGGGAGCUGUCCGCCAUGGGCAUGGGCCCCAACGGCGGCGCGGCGGCCAGCAACGGCGCCGCCAAUGGCGCAUUCCGCCUGGCCUGAGGUCGCCGUGUGCUGCUUCGGCUGCUUCCGGUGCCGCCGCUGCUGCCGCCGCUUGGGAGCGGCUUAGGAGCUGCUGGGUUGGGGCAAGGCGCAAGCAGGCGGGUUGCUGAGGUCCAUUUAGGUCCUGCUGGGAAGGGUGUGCGAUGCGGGUGAUGUGGACAAGCAUGUGGACGCGUGUACGUGUGCGACAGGUUCAAAUGCGGGCUGGUUUGUGUGGGUGAUGGCGCGGAAACCCCGGAUGGACCGGGGCGUGACUUGCUAGCACAAAAGCGCACGGCAUGCAUGUGCGGCGCUGUGGGAGACUUGAGUGGGGCAGUUUGCACGGACAGCGCGCUGGCCUCGUAUCUGACGGCCCAAAUGCUCAACGGACGCGCGCGGUCAUUUCUCGCUAUCACUGGCUUGUGAGAAUGCGGUUUAAGGUCGUCUGCAAUCAGGGCAGGCUGAAAAAGCGGCGAACGUCACCGAGCAGCGCCAAGUCGGUUGCUGGCACGAUACCGGUAUUGUAAGGACCUGUGGUGGGAUGACCUGAGCAGGUUGCAAGUGUCGAACGAUUGAAGUCGAGCAGGCGCUUUACGAACGGAACCCUCGACCUCGGUUCGUAGGAGAGGCCUUCCCGUGAGGCAGCCGGUCUCCGCGGAGUUGCACCUGCGCUGUGUGUGUGUGUGUGGGGGGGGGGGGCGGGAGGGAAAUGAAAGUGCCAGACCCCAUCCCCUGAAACCCCUCGGGAGCCCCCAGGGACCGACCGACUGACACCUGACUGCACCAAACCGCUUCAUAAGGGGGUUCAUACCCUGCAAUUUGAUACCGCAAUGGUGCCAAUCGACUCGUCUUGAAUGGUUCUUGAAUGGUUCUGUCCUGUUCUAUCGGCGUGUGUAU